GACAACGGUUGAUCCAUCUGUUUCUUUUUUUUUUUAACUUUUUCCAAACAAACUGAAACCGUGUUUUUAUAUAUCUUUGUCGCCGUGAAUUAGACUCUGUAUAUAUCAUUAGCCUCUAUAUAUACAUCCAGAAUUCUCCAUUUGAGAUUAAUUAGAAGCCAAAUACUUUCAUAAACAUUUUCAAGAAUAAGAAGAAAAACUUUAAAAGAUCGAGCUAUCAUGGUCAGAUCAGAACUAGGAAGAAGGAGAUUUUUAUCUCGAGCUGAAAUGGCGCCGGCGUCAAUGAUUUCUCGCCGGAGCUGUUCAAUGUCUCCGACACUAGAGACCAUAUUUGAAGAAAGGUCCGAUGAUUUUAACCAUCAAAAUUAUUAUUCAAAAGCUGUUGUGGGCCAACGACACCGUCUCUUCCUUAUCGUUCCGGCGAUUAUAUCGGCCGUGUCUUGUGUUUUGUUGUAUAGACAUGAUCGUGUUGUUCGAUUUUCUUGAACAUGUUACAUACAUAUGCACAAGUAUUUCAAUGUAAUUUAUGUAUAAGCAGCAGGUAAAUGUAAAAGCAGCAGGUAAAUGUAAUAGCAAUAUAUAAUCUUAUGUCUCUGUUUCAGUUCAUUUCA